AGACACCCCUCAUCUUCAAACAGACCUCUAACAAUGUCCACCAACGAUGCGAAGGCCUCACCGGAGGCACUCAUCUCGAAAUUCGAGGUGAGCAGACUCCUCAAACAAGACCAAAGCGGCCGCCGCAUCGCCAUUCUGGGCACCAUCGACGGCCAACAAGGCAUUUUAAUUGCCGAACGCGCCGCCUUUGCGACCGAAACCCCCGAAGCCCUACAAGCCUUCCACGCCGCCAUCACCGAUGUCAACAACCUCGGCGACAACGACAUCUACCGAUGGUACCUAGCCUCUUCGCACUCAGCACCAGGAAGCCAACAACCCCCGGACCUCAAGAUAAACCUCAUCUGGCCCUGCACUGAGUCGCACAUCAAGAAGUACUCCGAGCAAGUUGUUCGCAUGGUCACCGAGACACCGGAGAUAUACCGCGACUCUAUUCGUCCGUACAUGAGCGCGAAGCGCGAGGAAGGACGACUGAAUUGGGUAUUUAAUAUUCUUGAGGGUCGGACGGAGCAAGAGGACGUGAUUCUUCGGGACAAGGGACAUGAUGGGAAUGAAGAGGGAGGAUUCUUGGUGUUGCCGGAUUUGAACUGGGAUCGGAAGACGAUGGGAUCGUUGCAUUUGCUAGCGCUGGUUAUGAGGAGGGAUAUUUGGUCCUUGAGGGAUCUAAAGAAGAAACAUAUCCCUUGGUUGAAGUAUCUGAAGGAGAGGCUGUUGGAGGAGACGGUUAGGGUGUAUCCCCAGUUGGAGACGGAUCAGUUGAAACUUUAUGUGCACUAUCAACCGACGUAUUAUCAUUUCCAUGUGCACAUUGUGAACGUCAUGCUCGAGGCGGGUGCAACUCAGGCGACUGGAAAGGCGUUCGGGUUGGAGAACAUCAUCUCGCAGUUGGAGACACUGGAUGGAGACGAAGAGGCUGGAAUGGCGGAUGUCAGCUUGACUUAUUUCCUGGGUGAGGCCAGUGAACUCUGGUCGAAUGUGUUUGGGCCACUGAAGCGGGGAGAGAAGCCGCUGCCGAACUGAUAGAGGCUACUAGAUGCUAGAAGAAUGAUGAAUUACGAUACUACAUUUGAUUAGCC